GCACCUACCCGGGAGAGCGAGAUCAAAGGGAUUUGAAACAGACUGAGGGCUGGCGGGGGGAGGGGGCCAGCCAGCCUGUGGAAUCCUCCCGGAGAGGCGGAGGGUCCGGCUUCCACCGUGACUUCGGCGGCCUGGUUGGGGUUUUUAUUAUUAUUUUCAAAUUUCUGAAUCCAGCUUAAGCGAGAGAGCAAGAGAUCUCCGUAGACUGCGACUCCCCAGCUCUCGCUCCAAGAUGAUGCAGAGUGCAGCUGUCCCCGCGGAGGGGGCUGUCAAGGGGCUCCCGGAGAUGCUUGGUGUGCCGAUGCAACAGAUCCCUCAGUGCGCCGGCUGCAACCAGCACAUCCUGGACAAGUUCAUCCUGAAGGUCCUGGACAGACACUGGCACAGCUCUUGCCUCAAGUGUGCAGACUGCCAGAUGCAGCUCGCCGACAGAUGUUUCUCCAGGGCCGGGAGCGUCUACUGCAAGGAAGACUUCUUCAAGCGCUUCGGCACAAAAUGCACGGCCUGCCAGCAGGGCAUCCCCCCGACCCAGGUGGUGCGCAAGGCACAGGACUUCGUCUACCACCUGCACUGCUUCGCCUGCAUCAUCUGCAACCGGCAGCUGGCCACGGGGGACGAGUUCUACCUCAUGGAGGACGGGCGGCUGGUGUGCAAGGAGGACUACGAGACGGCCAAGCAGAACGAUGACUCCGAGGCCGGAGCCAAGCGGCCCAGAACCACCAUCACAGCGAAGCAGCUGGAGACGUUAAAGAACGCCUACAAGAACUCCCCCAAGCCUGCCCGGCAUGUGAGGGAGCAGCUCUCCUCAGAGACCGGCCUGGACAUGAGGGUCGUACAGGUUUGGUUUCAGAACCGAAGGGCCAAGGAGAAGCGCCUGAAGAAGGACGCGGGGCGGCAUCGCUGGGGGCAGUUCUAUAAGAGCGUCAAGCGGAGCCGGGGCGGCAGCAAGCAGGAGAAGGAGAGCUCUGCAGAGGACUGUGGGGUUAGUGACAGUGAGCUGAGCUUCCGAGAGGAUCAAAUUCUCUCAGAACUUGGCCACACCAAUAGGAUUUAUGGCAACGUGGGGGACGUUUCAGGCGGACAGUUAAUGAAUGGGAGCUUCUCCAUGGACGGGACAGGACAUUCCUAUCAGGACUUGAGGGAUGGGAGCCCCUAUGGAAUCCCCCAGUCUCCCUCCUCCAUAUCGUCCCUGCCAUCCCACGCUCCUUUGCUCAAUGGGCUGGAUUACACGGUGGACAGUAAUUUGGGCAUCAUUGGGCAUGCAGGGCAGGGAGUGAGCCAGACGCUGAGAGCCAUGGCUGGGGGACCCACCUCUGACAUCUCCACAGGAAGCAGUGUAGGCUAUCCCGACUUCCCAACGAGCCCAGCCUCUUGGCUCGAUGAAAUGGAUCAUCCUCCUUUUUAAACAUCUCUCCUCCCCAUCCUACCCGUCCUGGCUUGAGAGAAUAUCUUCAAGGAUCAAAAGAGACUUGCCUUUUAAGGAUCAAAAGUGCACCAAUGUGAAUUUCCAUUAUUUUCAAUGGAAGUCCUCCGCUGAUUCCUAGGCGGGCGAGAGACCAGACCACACUAGGGCCCUGUUUCCCUGGAGAAGUAGCGGGAAGGCAGCCUCCUCUCAGGACACAGCACAGGGGUGCAGAGCCUAGAGCGCUAGGGUGCUGCUUGGUGGCUUCCUACCCCCGCCCUGCUUCCAGGCUUUGGCUGCUCGGUGCUUGGCAGCACGAGGUGACCGUCAGGCCACCUUGGCCUUUGGGAACUCUGCUCCAACUGGUGUGUCUCCUGAGAUGCCUCCCGAACCACUUCUCUCCACCAGAACUGAGAUUCCUGAGGUAGAGGCAUCCUGGCCCUUGAGUAUAAUAAAAGUGAUUUCUGGACCA